GGCAUCUCAUGCGAGCAAGCCUGACCCUUGCGACUUGCUGAAGUCCAAACAAAAGGACAGGGUGGCGCCUACAAGCUCUCUCACUGGCGCUACUUAGGUAACAAUACGACGCCCCAGUUGGCAAGGGGGCGUGAAUCAACCAAUCGCAUAAAGUUCUCGUUUCUGAUUCGGUUAAAUUCAAUGCUAGGCGCGAUAGCGUGUUGCCAAUCUAUUCUUAAUUUAGCCUCGCGGGACUCGCGGCUUACGAUCUGCAAGCCCGCUAAAUGCUCCUGAAUCCUUCGAGAUCCUAUUUCAUGCGAAAGCUGGCAAUAACAGCACCACUAUGGCACGUCACUAAUGGCUGUUUCCGUUGCUGGUCGCCCUCAUUUCAGCCACUUACUGCAUUUUUAUUUUGGUCAUUCCACUGCCAUUAUGCUUAAGCGAAUGGAUUUGCACACCACUGAAACUUGAGGAUACAGGCUUCAUAUCGUCAUGACGUUUUGGCUCACUUUGUGUUGUCUGUCAUCCUGGCCGUCUCCCUGGCCGUCGCCUAUCACCUGAGAAUAGCUAAUUUCGACAGCUCAACGACACUAGACGGGAAUGGUAGGAGCAGCAAUGGAGAAUGCGAAGACAGAAGGAAGGGAAAUGGGAGAGCAAUAUUCAGCUACGACUGGAGCAUAAAUAGAACCCUCAUCGCCCGAAUUAUUCUCAUUAUCCAUCAGCCAAUUCACCUUUCAAAACUCCAACGCCUCUACUUGCAAUCAUGAAAUCUUUUGUGGCUAUCGCCGCCUUCGCGGCAUCCAUGCCAGCUGUCCUGGCUGCUCCAUCUGGCCAGGACCUCAAGGAAGUCAACGUCGUUAUCCAGCGCCUCAAGGGGACCGCUGAGACUGACGUGGCUAUUGUCGACAAAGAAUCGUCUGAGGUUCUCGGAUACGCCUGCUCCGACAAGCUCGACUCUGGUGCCUUUGCCAAGUUCCCAGUCUCUGCGGAUAUCAACGAAUACGGAGCUGGUACUAUCACUCUCGGCACUACAAAGUACACAGUGCAUGAAGACCCCAACGUCUCCGGUGGUGUGAGCUGCAUGAAGAUGUACGAUGAACAGGAGAUCUUUGUGACCUGCGCGGCCACUAUCCCUGCCUCUCUCCAGUUGGCUCCAUUGAGCGCCAGGGAUAAGACGGACUGCUUUGCUAGCGGUAGUUCACCCAUUUUGCAGAGCCUAGCGAACUCCAUGUCUGCUCAAAUCGCGACACCGAGCACCAAGCCGCGCUCUGUCGAGGAUGCCCCACGCUCCCUCGAAGAACGCCAGGGAGCUUGCGGCACUUGGUCCAGCUACACUGCACUUGAAGGAGACGGAGACCCUCACCAGAACUACUACUUGAACCAACUCAGUGAAAACAUUGAGUGCGGAUCAUCACCUAGCUGUGCUGUCGGGCACGAGGAGAGCAAGAGCUACACUAUCGGAUUCUCCGUUUCUGGAAGCAUCGACUCGUGGAUCGGCGGCGGUUUCGAUGUUAGCGAGUCCUGGACAACCGGCAACGAGUACACCUGUUACGGUGCUGCAGGCGAUACCGUCUGUGUCUGGUACAAGACCGCGCUCACGGCUUACACAGUCAGAAACUACGACUAUAACCAGUGCACGGGUGCAUCCCCAAGAGGCACGGCAGUAAUCAAGUCGCCAAACAAUAAUAAUAAAGGUGGAAACUACUACUGUGUUAUGGGAUCUGCGUGCCGAAGCCAGGGAGAGGGAUACUUCGACCUGAACGGCCGGGCUGGUGGCCCAUGAUUGACUCAAAUUAUGAGAGGUUUCUUGUAGGAUGUUUACUAUAGAUAUAUUUGUUAGCUUAUUGCUUAGUUAUGUGCUCAGAGA